GCACUAGCUGCUAACCCGGCUACGGACUGAGUCACUCUGAUCUGCUCCCUCUAGGCUGAGGCAGAAGUGGCAUCUUUGAAUCGCCGCAUCCAGCUGGUAGAAGAGGAGUUGGAUCGAGCCCAGGAGCGUCUUGCCACAGCUCUGCAGAAGCUGGAAGAGGCGGAGAAGGCUGCAGAUGAAAGUGAAAGAGGCAUGAAAGUUAUUGAAAACAGAGCUCUGAAGGAUGAGGAGAAGAUGGAACUACAGGAGAUCCAGCUCAAGGAAGCCAAGCACAUUGCUGAGGAGGCAGACAGGAAGUAUGAGGAGGUUGCUCGGAAACUGGUGAUCAUAGAAGGAGAUCUGGAGCGUACUGAAGAGAGAGCUGAACUUGCGGAGUCUCGUUGCCGGGAGCUGCAGGAGCAGAUCAGAGUGAUGGACCAGAACUUGAAGUGUCUAUCUGUUGCCGAAGAAAAGUACUCCCAAAAAGAGGAUAAAUAUGAAGAAGAGAUCAAGAUCCUGACUGAUAAACUCAAAGAGGCGGAGACUCGUGCUGAAUUUGCUGAACGAUCUGUAGCCAAGCUGGAGAAGACCAUUGAUGAUUUGGAAGAUGAGCUCUAUGCCCAGAAACUGAAGUACAAAGCAAUUAGUGAGGAACUGGACCACGCCCUGAAUGACAUGACUUCCAUGGCCCGAAGAGCCCUUCAUGAGCCGAGUUUUGGUGAAAUGGGACACCCCCAGUGGUUUCCUGAACCUCAGCCUGUCUGUCCAGUGUCCCAGCGUGUGGAUUUCUUCAGAGAUGAGGGUGGGCUGUCCCUUGGAGUAAAGCCUACCUAGAGUGCUAGUGGCUGGUCUGAGCUCUCCUCCUGGCUUAAGGAACAUGUGAGAACUGACUGUGCAAGCUCCCUGUAGCCUGGGGCAGAGUUGCAGCACCCUUGCUCCUACUUGCUCACUGCUUGCCAUUGACUGGAAAAAGCCUCUUCCCUUAAUGUUCCUGAGGCAUGGUUGUCUGCUACCUGCUGCUAGGUAGUUAAUGGUCUUGGUGACCAGCUUGGCAUCUCUAUCCUGUGCUAGGGGAAAUGUGGGGGCACAACCAUUUGUAAUCCUGGGAGGGUGACUUCUACAUGUAUUUUAUCUCUGGGUUGCUCUUGGGUGGCUUGUGGGGCCACUGGGGUCUGCUGUCUGGAAGUGUUGAAGCCCUGGAGAAAGCUAGCUGCAGCCUGCGGCACCUGCAUGCAAAAUACUGCCUAGAGCACUAGCUAAAGGUUCAUCAUGACAUUGCCACUUGGAAGCACCGGCAGCACUAGAGAUGAGGGCUACAGAUGAGCCAGGUAACUCCAGAGCUUCUAGCUGCAGGUUCCGGAAACAGAACCUAGCUAUGGCAGUGUGCUGGGAACGGGCUAGUGCAAGCUUUCUUUGGCGAAGGUUUCUUGGUUGUCUUAGGCUGACUUGUAACUAUGUAACUCUUGCUUCC